UGACCUUCAAAAAAACACACACAAAAAAAAAAAAACACAAUGGUUCUAAGUAGAGGGCAGGCGACUCACGGCGAGGAUGAACUGUUACAUCUGCAAUAAAGAAUGCUGUCGAGCUGGAGUUUAAAUAUCCAAGCGCCGCUGAACUACUACAAAUGACGUGUGCGCUUUGACAUCCCCACGCCUUUUUGGUGCUGUCAGAACUUCUCCUGUAAUUCCGCGGCUGCUUGGCCCCGGCUGUCAUAUUCGUGCAUGAGUAGCUCGUAAAGCGCUCCGUUUGUGAGUCUCUCUCUCUCUCUCUCUCUCUCCCCUCUCUCUCUCUUUUGCUCCUUCUCUCCGGAGGUGGGGGCAGAGAGGUAUUAGCUGUGCGCCACAGACAUCAUUAGGACGGGAGACGCUUUCCACCGUCAGCGCCGGAGCGGAGCGGAGCGCAGCGCAGCGCAGCGCAGCAGAGAGCAGGCAGGGGAGCCCUGGCAACAAGAAGACACACCAACUCAGCAGCGCGUUUCACCCCCACAGGAAUGUUGGCUGUAGCUGCGGACAGGCAGACGUGAAAAGAACAGAGAGACACCUGAGACGCUUCUCCUCCACUCCUGGAAAGAUUCAGUCCCCGCGUCAGUCAGCGUAAAGCUCCAGACAAUUAUCGGCUCCCGGCUGAGCAAGGACGCUCCACCUUUCUCGCCCAGGUAGCCGUGACUCCUCUGCGCAGGGAGUGCUGAGUCCCUCAGUCCAGGUUCUCCAUUACUGGAUAUAGUCUGGAAGCCUCUCCAUGGCCGGCGCCGCCUGCUGACAAACCAGGAAGCCUGGUUGUGUUGAAUGAGGGUUUCGCUCUGUGUGGGAAGAUUUUUGUUUGGAGGGAAAUGAUUCCACAUGAAGUACAACGCACUCGGCCCCCCAUCAUCCUCUGCAGCAGCAGCAGCAGGCGUAACGUCGUGACGCUCCCCCCCACCAGACUGGGCUCACCCCUCGGCCGCUAAGGAUCAGGCCGCUCCACUCCUCCCAUUAACCAAUCUUCCAUAAGAUCCGUUUAAGAUCCUCGCCCGUCAGUUUGGAACACGUUUUUUUUUUUUUUUUCUGUCAGCUGUCUGGAGUGAAAUUGUGGGAAAGGUUUUGAAAGUUCAUGUAUGAUUACUCUGAAAAAAAGAAUUAAGCAUUAAACACAAGAGAAAAGGAUUAAAGGAAAGUGAACAGGACCGUUAGAGGGAAAGUGCAAAGCAAAAAAAAAGAAAAAGAAAAAGGAAAACGGGCGCCGGAGCAAACAUCAAUAAAGGAUACAGCAAGUACAGUUGAGAGGCGUGAGGAGAAAUCAGCAUGAAGUCCAACCAGGAGCGCAGCAAUGAAUGUCUGCCCCCCAAAAAGAGGGGCACAUCCAACACGUUACCGCCUGAGCGUCGCUCUCCUGCUGUUCCAGCUGUUAGCGACCGGUCGGAGAGCACAGCCUGCUAUGGUAGUGUGGCGGGUGGACAAGAAAGCAAUAUUGUUGCACAUCAUAGCUCCAACAAAACUGAUGGGCCCCAAUAUAAAUCCCCCUCCUCCUUGUCGGACUCUUCUUCCUCGUCCUCUUUGAGGCAAGUAUCAUCUCUCCCCACAGUCUACACGUCCCCCCUAUCGCAAUCCACAAUUGGAGGAACAGUCCAUUACGCACAGCUGCCUCCGAAUAUGCAGUUCAUCGCCUCGUCCUACACUACUCCAUACACGAGCUACGUUUCCCCUCAGAUACUCCCACCUCCACCACCUCCCCCCAUCUCCUCCUCCUCCUCUUCGGCCACACAGAGAUCCUCGUACACAGAGACGUCGCCUUCUCCGACGCUGGCCGCCAAACAAGACCAGCAUCGAGCAUCCGCAGGACGCACCUCAAUGCCUCCUCCUUCUACGGACUCUUUCCCCCACCAUAUUCACAUGUCAACAUCUCCACGGACGUCGCCCCAUCAACAAGGAGGCCCUCACCAACCGUCCCAGUCCAUGCAUCCCCACCAGUCGUUUGGGAAAUAUAUGGAUGGGUAUAGCAGAAAGGAGGACGGUACCAGACCCAGAGAGCUCCAUAACGGAGAGCUGGAGAGGGGUAGGAGGUUCGGACCCUCACCAGAGUCUGGCCUCGUGAAGUCGGGAGGUAAAUCAAGGGAGGACAGGUCCUCCUUGUCUUCCUUUGAGGCUCGUCAUCUGGUCAUGGCGUCAGACUACUCUACCCAUGAUCACCUAGGGUUGAGAACCUCUGUCAUGUUAAUGCCUAAUAGCCAUGGUGACCACCAGUUGGUACCACCCAGAGCCAGCCCUGAGAAGCUGACCACCUCUGCCCCCGCACACCUGGAGAAAGGCGCCAUGGGUAAGCCUGUCAGUCGCCCUCCCUCCUCAUCCAACACCACCUGCUCGUUCACAUUUCCAUCCCCACUAGCUGCAGACAGCCUGAAGCUGGCCGUCGGCACCCUGCCGCCCCAGACUGUUAUCCAGACCACGCACAACACCUCAGAGCCGCUGUCUCUGGGACUCCCCUCGACGAGCAUCUACCCGCAGCAACCUCUCAUUGGUUACAUUACAGGGGGCGGUGGGAGCAGCUACCACACCAGCCUACAGCAACACUUGCUCAUUCCAGGCACCCAACCAGUCAUCAUCCCGGUUAGUGGAGGUGGGGUCCCCACAUUGGAGACUGUGACCUCCCACAUUACAUCAUCAACGCAAGCCGCACCUUUCCCCGCUACACUCCCCCACACGUACAUCGCUGCCACUGCCCCGAAAGGCGAAACGUUGGAAACCCAAGGCGGCUCGUUCCACGUGGCUGCUCCAGGAGCGGUGGUUCAAGCCCAGCUUCAUCUCCCCGUUGUUCCUGCUCCCCCGGGGCUGGUCGGAGCUUCCACACCUCCAGCCCAUUCAAGUGCAGUGGUGCCCCCCUCCCUGCCGCCAUAUUUCAUCAAGGGUUCCAUCAUCCAGCUGGCGGAUGGCGAGCUGAAACGCGUGGAGGACCUGAAGACGGAGGACUUCAUCCAGAGCGCAGAGAUCAGCAGUGAGCUGAAGAUCGAUUCGUCCACGGUGGAGCGCAUUGAAGGGAGCCACACCUCGCCUAACUUUGCUGUUGUGCAGUUCUCCGUUGGUGAGCAUCGUACACAGGUGAGUGUGGAGGUGUUGCUUGAGUAUCCCUUCUUCGUGUUUGGCCAAGGAUGGUCUUCGUGUUGUCCAGACCGGACCACUCAGCUUCUGGAGCUGCCUUGUACAAAGCUUUCAGUGGGGGAUGUUUGUAUUUCACUUACUCUCAAGAACCUGAAGAACGGGUCUCUGAAGAAGACACAAUCUCUGGAACCAGACAACAACGUUUCAGUCCCUCACUCUAGCCACGGGCACCUUAAACCCCCCAGAACCAUCUCAGAAGCGUCCCAGAGCUGCACCGGGGGCAAUUCCAGGCACAGAGAGCGCGAGAACGGGAUCAGCCAGCAGGGGAGCGGCGAAAGCGGGAAUGGGAGUGGAAGAGACUCCAGAGUGGAAAACGGAGAUCUCACGUUCGGGGAAAGAGGAUCCGUUUCCAGAGGUCAGGUUGCCGGGAGCACAGGCGCUGGCUCCAGUAAGCCGCCAGGAAGCAGGAAGCGGAGGUGGUCUGCCCCUGAAGGUCGAAAAGUAGAAAAGUCAGAGGAGGAACCCCCUUUGACCUUGCCCAAGCCUUCCUUCAUUCCUCAUGAGGUGAAAGUCAGCAUCGAGGGAAGGUCCAAUAUUGGCAAGUAAAAGGAAAGCAGGACUGUUAAGACACUUGGGAUUACAAAACAAACAAAGAAAGGAUUCUACAGAAAAAGGAAUGCCCACAUUAAUGUUUCAUUUGUUUUGUUUCAUGUUUUUGUUUUCUAUCUUGAAUACUGUACUGUAGACGUAACUGUGCCCUACGGCGUAUCACCUUACAUUUUAUCACAUGAGCAGUCGGUGCCGUUUUUGGUGAUACUUCAUGAGACGAUGUAUGCUGAGGGAUUGGUGAGGAGUGCUGAACUUUGUUAUUGGUGGCUCUGUGGCGCACUGGCACCAUGCUUGAUGGCUCCUUCCCCGCAUUACGCGGUAUGUCGACUUCAAGCUGACGCUGUUUGUUUUUUUCGACAGCGAUUUCAUUCCCCGGGCGCUUGUGGCGAGACUACCUGCACAAAAACACUUAGACCACCGGCGCUUGCCGAGUUAGCAGUAAAGCAUCCGCUGAUUUUAAACAUGAGGGAUUUGUAGCUAAAUCCUGAACACAAUCAUUAAAUUAGAUUGGUAUUUGGUGCAAUUUAACUCCGUGUUGCUUUCCGUACAUGCAUCAGAACAAACCAUGCAGGGGUCACAGAGUAGAGCCAGUGCGUCACAUAGUAGAGAGGGAACAACACUUACUCUGCUUACUUUAUGGGCAGUGGAGUCUUUACUUUUAUCUGUAGCAUUUUCAUCUUACUGUUUUAAUUAAUUUCACCUCUCGUCUUUUAUCUCACCAGAUAGUUGCUUUAAAUGAUUGUCAAGAAAAACAAAACUAAAUCAGGGGGUCAUUUAUUCCUUGAUUGAACCCUAGUCGGGUGAUUGUUUGUGUGGAAAUGUGAGAUACCCUAACCUGAUUGCAUACAAGUGCAAAACACACUGUUGGUGAGCGUCGCUUUAAGAAAAGAUGAUUGUGUAAAAAUCCUAAUUGUAUUUGAUGAAUUGCUCUGUAUUUUUUUUUUUUUUUUUUAAGUCUGUCUAGAAGAACUGCGUGAGAGGAACAAAGAGAAUUUUGCAUGUGAGCUCCGAGAGGGUCGGGAUGUUUCAAAUCAAUUCAAACACCUGUCACACUCACCCUACAGCCAACACACUUUAGUUGUAUCUUUAUUCACACAGUACUGUAUGUUUUUUUUUUUUGUUUUUUUUAGAUAUUUUUGUAUUAUUUGGAGAGACGUAGAAAGUAUCAGCAGCACUUUUGGAGAGAAGAAGCGUUCGGAAAAGUGACAGGGAGCGCAUGUGCCAUGGAAUCACAAAGCAGUGGAUGAAUGUGACAGGUAUAGAAGAAAUUCUAGGUCAGACGGGGACUGGAGGUGUGUUUUAAUGAAAUUAAUUACAGAUGUAGUCAUUUACAGUGCCUUGCAAAAGUAUUUUCGUAUUUAUCACAAUUUGUCACCCCGCCACCACAAACUACAAUGUAUUUUGUAGGGAUUUUAUGUGUCAGGCCAACACAAAUGAUCAUAAUUACGUAGCAGUGCACCCACUCCAAUUUCUUUUGCAAAUAAAAACCUGAAAAAAGUGUGACAUGGAUUUCUAUUCAACACCUCUAAGUCGUUAUUUUAGGUUGGGUGCGUUGCUGUCCUGCUGAAAUUUAGACCUCUCAAGUCUUUCACAGCCUGUGUCAGGGUUUUCUACCAGGACAGUUGUUAUAUUUCGCUCCCUCCACCUCCUAAUAAACCUUGACCAGCUUCCCUGUUCUUGAUGAAGUUUGUUAUGUGCCAUAGAUGGCUUGUUGCAAACUUGAAAGCGGACUUUAAAUGCCUUUCUACAGUGAAUUCCUUCUUGCCACGAUCUUAUACGGGCGAGAGUUGUUGAGUGUAGGGCUGUGUGGCUGUAAUGUGACAAAAUUAGAAAACAAAAAGCUGUAAAUUGUUUUUUGCAAGGCGCUGUACAUGACAGUAGACAAGUAUUGGAAUGUGUUUUCGUAGUUUGGGCUGUGGCAUAAAGGUGAACGGAGAGAAAAUAGCUUUUAAACAUCCCAGUGAUGGUCUUUGCUAAAGCGAGAGCUUAGAAACUCACACCACAUCAUUUUGAAGGUCACCGUGUAUUUGUAGCGCAUGUGUGUGUGUGUGUGUGUGUGAUGCUGUCCUGUGUCGGUCUAUACACCCACACACACGUAGACAAAGGAAACAGUACAGACCAUCCGUGAAAUCAAUGACCUUUGAUAUGUACUGUAUUUGUCAAUACACUUUUAGAUUUCUGCAGGUUCAAGCAUAUUUGGUGCACGGUGUCCCUACUGCAAAGACACCGGUGGACUGACAUUGGACUGGGUGCACACCGCUAGCAGUACUGUCAUACUGAAAGUGCUUUGUGGUGUGUUUUUGUAUGGAUGGGAAUUUAGGAGAGUGUGUGUAUGUGUGUGCGUGUGUGUGUGUGUGUGUAUUGUGCAUAGGAAAGAGGUAGAUAUUAGAUAUAUAUUUAGGAAAUGCUUAAUGUCCAGUGUUUCUACUUGGAGUCUUUACUUACGAGAAUCUUGCAAUUUGCACAUCGGGAGGAGGGAGUUAGGUGGAGAAAUGAUUUUCAGCGGCCCUGGCCUGAAGCAAACUCUAGACCACAUGUAACACACUGGAGGAAACCAGGGUUUUGUUUUGUCUUUCUGUUCCACAACAGGCACUUCACCACGUUUAGAGCGAAUGCUCCUACAUCAGCUAAUUCCAUGACAAAGUACUUUAAGUUAUUCAAACAGAGCAGAAUUUAAAUGUGCCUGCCUACUGAAUAUAUAUUCAAACAGAAAUAUUUUCUAGGGUUUCUCGCGGAGACUCUUUGCCCGCGGUUGAGGCCAGAGUGACCAAGAUGGAGUGGCUCAAACAGCGGAAAGCCAUUAUCACUAAGAUGUAGCGGUUACCUCAGCAGAUGUGCUUGCCUGGUGGGCCGUAUGGUUGAAUUUUUAAAUGAUGAUGUCAGAGGUGUAACACCCUUACAUGCUGUUUCUUACAUAUAAUGCCCCAGCAGCCUUGAUUAUUCUGAAAUCUAUAUAAUAAGAAAACCUAGCUGUUCUUUCCUUUGGUAAAACACCCUUCACGCCACACUAUUAAGGUCACGACAUGACAUUAAAAAUCAGCCAGGAUGCCGAUGGUGCUCAAAAAGUUUCCUUUGGUGCUUCAAGAGGGCAGUGGGUUCCCCAUUCCUUGUAACGAGGCAGGAGAGUUCCCCAAGGAUUUCAGCAAAUCCUUUGCGAUAAGAUCAGGGUGAUUGCUUUGAUAUCUGGGUCCUGGGUGCUCAGUAGAGAAGCCUUGUAAGCCCCAGUGGUAGCCAAUCCAUAGCGUAUGCUCACCAUUGCUUGCUCAUUAGAGAUUUAGAAGAUAGGGCAGCCAGAUGCUGAGGCUUCAACCUCACCAUGCCCACCCUAGAUGCAGCAGUCAAAAUAUUCAUUUUGAUGCAGCGUCUAUGCACACGGGGUCACCAAGCAGCUCAAACGAGCAAUCCACCAUCGCAAUAAAUCAGCACUCGGCUCCCUGUGGAAUAGGAAGCACACACGCCUCCGAAUUGGGCGUAGCCUAAUUGCUGAGACCCCGAUGGAAGCUUUUCAGGCUGCAGUUGAAACAAAAAAAAAAAAAAAAAACAGCUCUCACCCUCUGCUACUGUUGGUAAAGUCGUGAAAUGCCUAAUGUUGUAGCUUCCCCCAUAGCAAGGCUAAAACUGGUGGCGGAGGUGCAGAUGCCUCCCACGUUUGUAGGAAAGGUCUCCAGAUUGUUAGAAAACUUUCCCGGCAGGUGUGACAGCGUUCUAGGACUAUGGUCAAGAAGACACGAUGGAAAAAGCUGGCAAGUAUGAGCAAAGUUGUCUCAGGCUUUAGGUUUUCUUGAUGAAGACCCCAUUGGACAGUCUCAAUGUGUAAUGAAGGGGGCCUGGCCAUAUUUCACCACGAGAUCAAUCCUUCCGCAAGCAUAUCUGUUAAGCAUAGCUGCUUCAGCUUUUGUCAGGCUUUCGUAGCCCAUCUCUAAGUCAUGGCUUAUUGACAUUUAUCCCGCAGGUUAUAGAUCACAACUAUCUAAGGGGCAAUGAUGUUUCAUAUGGUGUUUUAUUGGGUUGAUGGCAGGAUGGAUGUGUGUUCAGAUGGGUGGAUCAGUCAAUGAAACAAGAUGGCAAUUGGGGAGUUAACAAGAAGACCCCAAAUGAGAUUUGAAAAUGCUUUAUUUUUUUAUAAUAAAACAGGGUUUUCAGAUCAACAUCACCAUAGUAGUGCUCUUUUAUUUCUUUCCUCUCCUAUCAAGACCUAUUCAAGAGAACUAGAGAGACAAGUAUGUGUCCUUGUGUGUGUGUUUUAUAAAUUUCUGUUGUAUGUUUUGUCAAACCCCUGUUGCCGACAAAUGAAUAAGAAAAAACAUCGAAACGAACAUUACCACUACACCAGUCAUACGAACUUUUGUAUUUGAACAGGUAGAAUCUAAACAAUGUAAACCAAAGCCGAAUUAUACCACUGUUGCUUUUGUUGGUUCAGGAAAGCAAUAGGAAAAAACUGAUUCAGGCAAUCUCCUCAUCCAUCUUUGGAACCAUCUCUGCAAUAAACAUUUAAUAAGAAUAUUCCUCCAGCACUACAAUCAAAACAAAUGUCUUUUGUCUAUUGUGAAAGUACAAUAUUUCGAUAUGAAUAUACAUGAAUACGACUUGCUUCAACUAAAUCGUUCCUCCUCACCAUGAAAUUGCUGUUGCAAUACUAGUUUUCAGGGAAGACUUUAUAUGCAGUAACUGAAUUUAACCCCCCAAACCUCUUCUUUUUCCUGCUGGUCAGUCAUUAACGCUGAUGCUAAAGCUAAAGGUUGGCAUACGUCUCAUGCACCUGCAGCAACCAGCUCUUUGUCUCUGCCCAGCUCUGCCUCGUUGCCACGACUACAUAGUGACCUCGUUAACUUUGUUUCAGGUACCCCAUCACAGCCAGCCAACCUCCAGGGCACAUCCUCUUGAAGCAAAGCAAUUGUUGUGUGACAACCGUUACCUACCUUUCAGUGUGAUCCUGUCUAGAUGUUUAGUGUAUACCUACGAGCCCUUAAAGGGAUUUUUUUAGGAAUUUUUGAAAAGGGGUUCUGUGGUUGGUUAUGAGCAGUCAGUAUCUUAACUGCAAGACUUAAAACCCUGAAUGAGCCAAGUUUCCAGAAAGAGUUUGAAACGGGCAGUUGAGGUAAUGGCUAGAUUUCCAUGCAAUCGAUUUUAGAAACCUUUUAGUCAUCAUCGGUUUUUACAUAAAUCUUCUUGGGUCUUUACACUGAUCACGUGUUGGUCUGUGGUGCAUACCUGAAAAUGUCUCUCGAAAAACAAGCAUUGGAAAGUGUUGAUUUUAAUUGGCCAAAGAUUUUUUAUCUUGCAGGGUGAACUCAAAACCUUCACACAGCACAUUAUAAGCAACGGACCAAAGAGCAAAUAACUAGGCCAAAUAUAGCAGGAUAAUAAAGGUUGAUUAAAAAGGGUUCACAUGGAUUGCAGAGAAAUUAUUAUCGUAGCAGUUUUGCAACGAUAAAAAGCCACUUUGGUGCUGAAUAGUGCCAGUGAAUUGGGAUCAAGGGUGUGAUAAUCACAGUGUUCAACUGUGUCAGAACAGCACAUGUAAUUUUUGUGACGAUAUCUCUGUCCUCGCUCUCUAUACCUAAGGAUCCAGCUGCCAUAUGUGAAGGACAUUUCCAUAUUCUAUAAAUGCCCCCAAAUAGUCAGACAACUAUUAGCUGAAUUUAUCACAAAGUGGGUCAUGCCUUUAAUUUCACUUUCGGUUUCACCCAGCAUUAAAGGAUGAACUAACCUUCAUCAGUGCAGAUGGAGCUUCUGCAUAGUGUUUCAUCAGAUUAAGUAACAUUAUUGGUUGGGGUAUCCAAAUAGCAGUUGCAUAAAUUCUGUUACUGUGUAGGUCCUCAGGCUCGCAGUCUUUUUUUUUUCUUUAAAUCUGUGGCAGCAGAUUAAAUGUGUAGAAAGGUGACGCUGUUGUGUUAUUUACCAAGGCAGCAUAUCAACCUGUGGCAGUGAAACACAAGGCAGAUACUCAGCACUCUGACAGUCACAUUGAUAUCACUGCUAAUUCUUAUUGGACAACUGAAAUUGAUAAUGUACCACAGUUGUUAAUUUAAAAAAAAUAUUUGAAGAUUUAUUUGCUGUAUUUUAUUGCUUAUAUGCUUGUUUAAACCAAUUUAUUUAAUCCCUAUUUUCUUUAGGCGUUUUAGUCUUAAAAAUAUGUUCUAGCAGUAUAGGUGUGAAGACUUUAUUUUAUGGUAGAUGCAUUUCAAACGUCUUUCUGUUGAUCUGUUGUUCAGAAAGUUAUAAACUGCAGGUUAGGAACUGGCUGCUUGAAUCCUCACAGAAUCCCACGUUAAAAAUCCUAAUUUGCCCUUUAGGUUUAUUUUUCUCCUAGAGAUAUCUGUCAAUUUUGGUUGAUAACCCAAAUCAGUUCGAGAUGAAGUUGUGAAUGCAGAUGGUGUCGUAAACUCCUUUUAUAUAUAAUUUUGAUCCGAAGUUCACAAAUUUUUAAUCCCCUUUAAAUGUAUUCUAAUGUGCAAUAUUUACAUUUUGCUCUCCCCUCUUUUACCGUGCCAAGUGUGUGUAGUGUAACUCCAAGCUGUUAUUUUCUAACCCCUGUCCACGUGUUUUCCCUUCUGCAAGACAAUGGUGAGUUAUCAUAUUUUGUUAAACCAGAUACAAACCCAACAUUUUUUGUUGUGGUUGUUUCCCCAGUUUCUCUCUUUCCCCUUCGCCUGUGUGGCCUUCCUGUUCCUGUAUAUGUCUGCGUCAUGAGUCCUGCGUGUAGUUAUGUGUCUUGGGGGGGGGGGGUCUUUUUAGUUUUUAUUUUUCUCUAAUUGUCUGUGAGAGAUCAUAAAUCCUAAACCUCAGAGGUUCAUGGUGAGACCCACAGUAAAAACAACAACCUCAUUGAUAGAGCGGACCACUUUUUGUAAAAAGUUGAAAGAAAGGAAAAAAAAAAAACAAAAACAAACCAACAGAGAUGCACGUGUAAGUAGAUGUAAAAAGAGAAACUUGAUAAUGUAUCAGCACUUUCUAAUCCUAGGAUGGGCUCAGUCUAACCCCUCUGUCUCAGACCACUGCCCGUCCAGGGGAAAACAUUCAUUCAAAACACACAGAGGAUGACGAUAAUAAAAAAAAAAAAAAACGCUGAUUGCUGAUGGGAAAGAGAUGUGGCUCAAGUUGUUUGCACAUCGGCCAUUUUUUUUCUUCUUUGUUUUUUUGCCGUAACCUUGUGUCCGUCUCAUCUUCGCUUGCCGUCCGGCUCGUUCCUGGGUCCAACGGGCCGAGGCGUCAGGUGAUCUCCGGCUUGUUUUUCCGUAAGGAUAACAUUUGUUCUGUCUUUUAUUCUGUGUGAGGAGCUGAGAUCUUUCCCCACCCCACGGCGUCCAAGCCGGGGUCAUUAUUUUUGCUUUCAUUGUGCUCCCGUGUUUUUGAGCUCUAAUUUGGCAGAGGUGUUUGACAGCUCAGUUUGGGUCGUGCGGUGUGAAAACACUGCACGCAAACCUUCGCUUUGUUUGCAUUAUCUUUGUGGUGCAGGAGCUGUUUUUGUUUUUUUUUUGUUUGUCUUUGUUUGUUUUUGGUCUCCUCGUAGCACUCAGUAUAAUGUCAGGGGACUUGAAAAACUAUGUAGAGAAUGUGUCAUUGUUUAUUCUUAUGACAAGCUUCCUCAGUUGAGGAACACUGCUUAUGUCUCUUUUUUUUAAAAAAUUGGCUUUUUGCACAACUUUACAAACAAAAUGAAUGUUGGUGUGUGAGCUUUGACUUUUUUUUUUUUAUCAGAAAAAAAGGCAUGAGUGCUCCAUUGUUUCUUGAUGUUUGUAUUUUCAUUUUGCAAGAAAAAAAAAAGGAUGUUUUGGCACUUUUUGUGUUUUAAAGUUUAAGUUUUAAAAGUGAAUAGAACUUUAUCAGGAUUCCUUUUCUUUCUUUGUCAAUCUUUUUUUUUUUUUUUUUGUAUGUCUAAUAGCGCUGGAUAACCAACUCAGGCAGAAAGGUUUAAAAAAAAAAGUGUAGACGCCCACGUAACAGUUUAGUUUCACCCCCCCAAUCAAUUUGCAUAGUGGGCUGUUUAAUGUAUGUACAUUUACUACAUAUAAUUUGAUAUUUCGGUUGAUUUUUGAUGAUUAACAAAUGUCAUAACUGAAAGUAAACUAUAAAUUAUUACUCUGAUAUUCUGUGUAAGACGCUGGAGAUGCCUUGGAUUUCUCUUCAGUGUACUAAAACGUCUCUGUGCUCAGCGACAAACGCUUAAAACUGUUUGCCUCUGACCCUGCCCACUGCCAUGGAGGUCAUGGAGGUCGUCUGUCCGCUGAUUCCUUCCCCCUGUUUUGAACACUCAGCCCUGAGGCUCGCCACCAGUCUGUCAAGGUGUCUCUCUGCUACAUCGAGUACUAAACUGAAACUUCAGACAAGCGGACGAGGUGGAGGCAGAGGGCCCUGCAUCAGCACAGGACGGUCUGCCCUGCGGUGGGCCGCAGAGAAUCCCAGCCACCUCGUUUGUACUAUAUUGUACUCACUCAAGUCUCCGUGUGUCACCACCCUUAUCCUCUAUAGCAAAUGGAGAAAAAAAAAAAACAACAACAACCCUGUUGGUGUAUGUAUUUGACAUCUGUAUAAAUGCACCUCUUUGAAAAGGAAAAAUGAAACCUUGACAUAUCUGGACUAAA